AGAUUCUUCAGCUGCAGUUCUGGAUCUCGGUUCUGGAAGAGAUGGCGACUGCGACUCGGCUGCUGGGACGGCAAGUGCGGAGCUGGAGGCUGCGGCCGCAGCUGUCGCCCCUGGCCGGCCUCGUUUCCCAGCGCGCCCAUUCGCUGUUGCCUGUGGACGACGUGAUCAACGGGCUAAGCGAAGAGCAGAAGCAGCUUCGACAGACCAUGGCUAAGUUCCUUCAGGAGCAUCUAGCUCCCAAGGCCCAGGAAAUUGAUCGUAGCAACGAGUUCAAGAACCUGCGAGAGUUUUGGAAACAGCUGGGGAGCCUGGGAGUAUUGGGCAUCACAGUCCCUGUUCAGUAUGGUGGCUCUGGCUUGGGCUACCUGGAACAUGUGCUGGUGAUGGAGGAGAUAUCCCGAGCUUCUGGAGCAGUGGGUCUCAGCUAUGGUGCCCACUCCAACCUGUGCAUCAACCAGAUUGUGCGCAAUGGGAAUGAGACCCAGAAGGAGAAAUACCUCCCCAAACUGAUCAGCGGUGAGUACAUUGGAGCCCUGGCCAUGAGUGAGCCCAAUGCUGGCUCUGAUGUUGUCUCCAUGAAGCUAAAGGCAGAAAAGAAAGGAGAUUACUACAUCCUGAAUGGCAACAAGUUCUGGAUUACCAAUGGCCCCGAUGCUGAUGUUCUCAUUGUCUACGCCAAGUCAGAUCUAACUGCUGUGCCAGCUUCUCGGGGCAUCACGGCCUUCAUUGUGGAGAAGGGUAUGCCUGGCUUUAGCACCUCCAAGAAAUUGGACAAGCUGGGCAUGAGGGGUUCUAACACCUGUGAGCUCAUCUUUGAAGACUGUAAGGUUCCUGCUGCCAACAUCCUGGGUCAUGAGAGCAAGGGUGUCUACGUCCUGAUGAGUGGGCUGGACCUGGAGCGCCUGGUGCUAGCCGGCGGGCCCCUCGGGCUCAUGCAGGCAGUCCUUGAUCAUACCAUUCCCUACCUGCACGUAAGGGAAGCCUUUGGCCAGAAAAUUGGCCACUUCCAGCUGAUGCAGGGGAAGAUGGCAGACAUGUACACCCGCCUCAUGGCAUGUCGGCAGUAUGUCUACAACGUUGCCAAGGCCUGUGAUGAGGGCCAUUGCACUGCCAAGGACUGUGCUGGUGUGAUUCUUUACACAGCUGAGUGCGCCACAAAGGUAGCCCUGGAUGGCAUUCAGUGUUUCGGUGGCAAUGGCUAUAUAAAUGAUUUUCCCAUGGGCCGCUUUCUUCGAGAUGCUAAGCUGUAUGAGAUCGGGGGUGGGACCAGUGAGGUGAGACGGCUGAUCAUUGGCAGAGCCUUCAACGCAGAUUUCCACUAGCCCCAAGAUCCACCACCCCUUGGGACUGGGGAUGUGGCUCAAGCGGUAGCGCACUUGCCUGGCAUGCAUGCGGCCCGGGUUCGAUCCUCAGUAC